CACCAUAUACACUAUAUUGCCAAAAGUAUUGGGAUACCCUCCAAAUCAUUGGUUUCAGGUGUUCCAAUCACUUCCAUGGCCAGAGCUGCAUGCAAACUGCUUCUACAAACAUUUGUGAAAGUAUGUGUCACUCUGUGGAGCUCAGUGAAUUCAAGCACUGUACUGUGAUAGAUUGCCACCUGUGCAAUAAGUCCAUCUCUGAAAUUUCCUUGCUACUAAAUAUUCCACUGUCAACUGUUAGUGGUAUUAUAACAAAGUGGAAGCAACUGGGAACAGCCAACUCAGCCACGAAAAAUGACAGAGCGGGGUAAGUGCAUGCUGAAGCGUACAGUGUGCAGAAGUUGCCAACUGUCUGCAGAGUCAAUACUUAAGACCUCCAAACUUCAUGUUGCCUUCAAAUUAGCACAACAACAGUGCGUAGAGAUUCAUGGAAUGGGUUUCCAUGGCUGAGCAGCUGCAUCCAAGCCUUACAUCACCAAGUGCAAUGCAAAGUGUCAGAUGCAAAUUUUUAAAGCAAG